CUUUGCCUCCCCGACGUGCCAGCCUCCCUCCUGUGCUCACUACGGCCUCCACCUCCCCCUUUCUCAAUCUCAGCUGCCUGGUCAGCACGACCUCUCACGAGCGUUCUGAGCCCCAACUUUGCAGUAAGAUGGCAGAAAACGGUAACCCAGAAAGCUGCAGAAAGAUUUUUUUUGUUUUUAAAUGCAAUGAAUGGAGUAGUUCUUUGAGCACCCUCUUAUUCACGUCUUCUUUCCUUCGGGCUGCCUGCCUGCCUGCCUUCCCCUCCCCCCCAACCUGGAUGCCUGUCUGCUGGAAAAGGCGCGAUUGCUUCUCUUCCUCUUCUGUCCAAGAUCAAGCUAUGAAGUCUAAUAUCCUUUUUAGCCACACACACACCCCCCCAAGAGUCUUCUUAACGUUCUUGCAUUUACCAAUUCCCCUGGACAGUUCUUGCCAUAACCCCAUUUCACAGACAAAGGCUUAGGAGGGAAAUAGAACCACUGUUUCCUGUGUUAGCCAUAUUAAUGCUGUCCAUCCCCACACACCUAGUUCCCAUUCCUGAUGCUUCUUGUGCCUAUGUCUUGAACCUUCAGAAUGAAAAAAAAAGUCUCUUGGAUAGCUUGAUACAGUUUCUUUGUAAAUCUGUAUUGUUGCUUCUGGUCUAUGGCCAUGAAGAAAAUACCAGCCCCCACCCAAAAUGCACCGCAGCCAAGUCGGCUAAAAGCGAUGAGUGUUGGAGUCAGUAGGGGGCGCAUUCUCUGCACUGGGUAAGGCUGCAGAGGGGGGAAGGGCCCCAGAACUAGAACAGGAUGUGCUUCACAGCGCCUUCUACAGACCAUGGGAAAAUGGGCCCAGCAAGACGCACACACUUGCCUUAGUUGGUGAGCUGACAGCAACAUGGCGAAGGAUUAAGGGAGUCAAGAGCAGUGAGUUUAUUUCUUUUAGGAAAUCCACUCUGCUUUUUAGAAGUUUUCCCCUUUUUUUCAAAACUGUUGACCCUCAGACAAUCCACAUUGGUUCUUGACGAAUCAAUCACCUUGGCACAUCCUUGGGUCAUAAGUUUCCUUUCUCUAGAAUUCUUUUAUCUUAAGCUUUGAAUGUGUCAACGUGUCUUUCCAAGGUCAGGUGGCAAAGAAGAGAGUCUAAAACCUGAGCAUUGGUUACACCUAAUCGUUCCAACUCAGAGUUAGAAAACGUUCUCAAGGGAUGUUAGGUUUUUGUGGGGUGGUAAUUUUCAUAAACAGGAGAGUUGGGUGUCAUGAUUUGCAAAGCUUCACUGGUAAACACCAAGCCCAUGUUGAGUUCUUCAUUGCCAGACUCAACGGAGUUGAUUGUAAGAUUUUGUUUCCUUCCAGUUUUGGUCAUGCAAUUGCCAUAAGUUAUGUCAGUAGCCAACCACCUUUGCAAAUGGUGACACCAGUCUUCUGUGAGCACCCACUUUCUUAGGGUGUGUUGAUUUCUAUAGAUUUUACUCCUCUUGUUAUUUCCAUAGGUGUGAGAUGCACAAUGCGAAACCUAGGCCCCAGCUUUUGCACCAUGAUGCACAGGGUUGUACUUUUUGUACUGAACUGAUAGGUGGCCUAGUGGUUAUGCCCUGUACUGCCAUUUUGAGGAUCUGGACUCCGUUUCCUGCCUUGCUCUUUGGACUACAUUGUCAAUUCACACCGAUGUGAUGGGAUCAUCUGGCUGACCUUAGAUGUGUCCAGAUUCUUAAUCUCUGUAUCACCACUUGUACUGGUUUGGCUGAGCUUUUCCGUUUAAGGCCAUUUCAACCUUGGGUAUUGAAGUUCUGGCACUUUCAGAUGGAUGUACGUAACAUGCGGCUGUGUCUUCAUAAUGAGUGUCAGAUGAGAGCUUCAUGUGCACGGGCAAUGGAAGGAGUGCUGCAUCUGGACCUGGAGUGUGGCCUUGAGAUCCAGCUCCCUCCCGGGCAAGCCAUUGCUUCACUUCAGCUGCUGAUCUGCAAAACGAGAAAACUUAGAUUAGGCGACCUUUGAGUUCCUACAGUGAUUGAAAAUGCUGCUUUCUCCUGUCAGAUUGCAGUUACUUCCGCCAUGUAGGAAAUGAGUCUUCCCUCAGGCUUAUACUGGACAUCUGUUUUUAUCUUAGAGAAUGUUUGUGCUCCUGCAAUUGAGAAGACAAUGAAAGAUGGGGCUGGAUUUUUUGUUGCUGUUGUUUGUUUUGAGUUUUUUGUUUGUUUGUUUGGUUUUUUUGGUGUUUUGUCAGAUUUUUUUCCUUUUUUAGCUGAUUGUAAUCAUGCGUGAAGUGGUUCCACCCAAUACAAACAUUUCAUGAGUAUUGUCUGUCACGUGAUUAGGGUGUUAAACUUCUAUAACUGAACUGAGAACCACGGGCAGGUUACAGAACAUGAAACUAUGUUCCAACUUCCUGUCAACAAUCUUGGCAGUUUAAGAAAAGCCCGGAAAACUGUGAAAAAAAUACUUAGUGACAUUGGGUUGGAAUACUGUAAAGAACAUAUAGAAGACUUUAAACAGUUUGAACCUAACGACUUUUAUUUGAAAAACACUACAUGGGAGGAUGUAGGACUGUGGGACCCUUCGCUUACAAAAAAUCAGGACUAUCGGACAAAACCUUUUUGUUGCAGUGCUUGUCCAUUUUCCUCCAAAUUCUUCUCUGCCUACAAAAGUCAUUUCCGGAACGUCCAUAGUGAAGACUUUGAAAAUAGGAUUCUCCUUAAUUGUCCCUACUGUACCUUCAAUGCAGAUAAAAAGACUUUGGAAACACACAUUAAAAUAUUUCAUGCUCCAAAUGCCAGCGCACCAAGUAGCAGCCUCAGCACUUUCAAAGAUAAAAACAAAAAUGAUGGCCUUAAACCUAAGCAGGCUGACAGUGUAGAGCAAGCUGUGUAUUACUGUAAGAAGUGCACUUACCGAGACCCUCUGUAUGAAAUCGUUAGGAAGCACAUUUACAGGGAACAUUUUCAGCACGUGGCAGCACCUUACAUAGCGAAGGCAGGAGAAAAGUCCCUCAAUGGUGCAGUUCCCUUGGGCGCAAGUGCCCGGGAAGAGUGCAGUAUUCACUGCAAGCGAUGCCUUUUCAUGCCAAAGUCCUAUGAAGCUUUGGUACAGCAUGUCAUUGAAGACCAUGAGCGCAUAGGCUAUCAAGUCACUGCCAUGAUUGGGCACACAAAUGUGGUGGUUCCCCGAUCCAAACCUUUGAUGUUGAUUGCUCCCAAACCUCAAGAGAAGAAGGGCAUGGGACUCCCACCAAGAAUCGGUUCUCUUGCUUCUGGAAAUGUCCGGUCUUUACCAUCACAGCAGAUGGUGAAUCGACUGUCAAUACCAAAGCCUAACUUAAAUUCCACGGGAGUCAACAUGAUGUCCAAUGUUCACCUGCAGCAAAACAACUAUGGAGUCAAAUCUGUGGGCCAAGGCUAUGGCGUUGCUCAGUCAAUGAGACUGGGCCUUGGUGGCAAUGCUCCCGUUUCCAUCCCUCAGCAGUCUCAGUCUGUGAAGCAGUUACUUCCGAGUGGAAAUGGGAGGUCCUAUGGGCUUGGGGCAGAGCAGAGGUCCCAGGCACCAGCCAGAUACUCCCUUCAGGCUCCUAAUGCCUCUUCCCUCUCAGCUGGCCAGUUAAAGUCUCCGUCCCUCUCCCAGUCACAGGCGUCCAGAGUAUUAAGUCAGUCCACUUCCAAACCUCCAGCAGCUGCCACGGGCCCUCCCCCACCCAACACUUCUGCAACCCAAAAGUGGAAAAUAUGUACAAUCUGUAAUGAGCUUUUCCCUGAAAAUGUCUAUAGUGUGCACUUCGAGAAAGAACAUAAAGCUGAGAAAGUCCCAGCAGUAGCUAACUACAUUAUGAAGAUACACAACUUCACUAGCAAAUGCUUGUACUGUAACCGCUACCUGCCCACAGACACCUUGCUUAACCACAUGUUAAUUCAUGGUCUGUCCUGCCCAUAUUGCCGUUCAACUUUCAACGACGUGGAAAAGAUGGCUGCACACAUGCGAAUGGUUCACAUUGACGAAGAGAUGGGACCUAAAACGGAUUCUACUCUGAGUUUUGAUUUGACAUUGCAGCAGGGCAGUCACACUAACAUCCACCUCUUGGUAACCACGUACAACCUACGGGAUGCUCCAGCUGAAUCUGUUGCUUACCAUGCCCAGAAUAAUCCUCCAGUUCCUCCAAAGCCACAGCCAAAAGUUCAAGAGAAGGCAGACAUCCCUGUUAAAAGUUCACCUCAAGCUGCAGUGCCCUAUAAAAAAGAUGUUGGGAAAACCCUUUGCCCUCUUUGCUUUUCAAUCUUAAAAGGACCCAUAUCUGAUGCACUUGCACAUCACUUACGAGAGAGGCACCAAGUUAUUCAGACAGUUCACCCAGUUGAGAAAAAGCUCACCUACAAAUGCAUCCACUGCCUGGGUGUGUACACCAGCAACAUGACUGCCUCCACCAUCACUCUGCAUCUAGUCCACUGCAGGGGAGUGGGAAAGACCCAGAACGGCCAGGACAAGACGAAUGCACCUUCUCGGCUCAAUCAGUCUCCAGGCGUGGCACCGGUGAAGCGUACCUAUGAGCAAAUGGACUUUCCCUUGCUGAAAAAGCGGAAGUUAGAUGAUGAUAGCGAUUCUCCCAGCUUCUUCGAGGAGAAGCCUGAAGAGCCUGUUGUUUUAGCUUUGGACCCCAAGGGUCAUGAGGAUGAUUCCUAUGAAGCCAGGAAAAGCUUUCUAACAAAGUAUUUCAACAAACAGCCCUACCCCACCAGGAGAGAAAUUGAGAAGCUGGCGGCCAGUUUAUGGUUGUGGAAGAGUGACAUUGCUUCCCAUUUUAGUAACAAAAGGAAGAAAUGUGUUCGUGACUGUGAGAAGUACAAACCUGGUGUGUUGCUGGGUUUUAACAUGAAAGAAUUGAAUAAAGUCAAGCACGAGAUGGAUUUUGAUGCUGAGUGGCUAUUUGAAAAUCAUGAUGAGAAGGAUUCCAGAGUCAAUGCUAGUAAGACCGUUGACAAAAAGCUUAACCUUGGGAAGGAAGACGACAGUUCCUCAGAUAGCUUUGAACAUUUGGAAGAAGAAUCCAAUGGAAGCCGUAGCCCUUUUGACCCUGUUUUUGAAGUUGAGCCUAAAAUCUCUAAUGAUAACCCAGAGGAACAUGUUCCGAAGGUAAUUCCCGAGGAUGCUUUAGAAUCUGAGGAGAAGCUAGACCAAAAAGAGGAUGAUGGUUCAAAAUAUGAAACUGUUCAUUUGACUGAGGAACCUGCCAAAUUAAUGCAUGAUGCCUCUGACAGUGAGGUUGACCAAGAUGAUGUUGUUGAAUGGAAAGAUGGCGCUUCACCACCUGAGAGUGGGCCCGGUUCCCACCAAGUGUCGGACUUUGAGGAUAACACAUGUGAAAUGAAACCAGGAACCUGGUCUGAUGAGUCUUCCCAGAGUGAAGAUGCAAGGAGCAGUAAGCCAGCUGCCAAAAAAAAGGCUACUGUGCAAGGUGACAGAGAGCAGUUGAAAUGGAAGAAUAGUUCCUAUGGAAAAGUUGAAGGGUUUUGGUCCAAGGACCAGUCACAGUGGAAGAAUGCAUCUGAGAAUGCUGAGCGCUUGUCCAACCCCCAGAUCGAAUGGCAGAACAGCACAAUUGACAGUGAGGAUGGGGAGCAGUUUGACAGUAUGACUGAUGGGGUAGCUGAGCCGAUGCAUGGCAGCUUAGCUGGAGUUAAACUGAGCAGCCAGCAGGCUUGAGUGCCUGACUGCAGCCCCGGGGACAUGUUGCAGCCCGGAACUCUUUUCCUUCCAGUCUGACUGCAAAGCUGGCUUGCAACUGACUGGUACUGCCCGUGGGGACUGGUUAGCAGGCUGUGGGGACAUGGCUGCUACAGUCCCACUGGUUAUUUCUAAGUCUGACAUGAGAUUGGCUAAACUUGCUUCAGACCCUUCUCUGGCGGACAGUAAAUGUGGGAAGCCAGUAAGCUGGCGGCUCACAGACGCACACAGGGAUAAGCAGAGGUUUAUUUUAUCUGCCUUUCAGCUUCUCGUUCCCACUGUAAAACAUUUGAUUGGAUUCCAUGAGAAGCGUUCCCUGAUUCAGUGGCAGCAGUCUAGGGCCAACAUUACAAGCAACCAGUCUAAUGUGUACAGUAGACUCGGGGAAAAUCAACCUUUUUUUCACGUAUUCAUUCUGAAUAGUUGAAAUGUAUAUUUUGUACAGUCUUUUAGACCUAUUCAAGUGAUGCUUAUGAUACUGUUACUGUGUGCCCAUCAUAGAUUUGUUUCUUUUUUAGUGUUGCCCUUGCUGUGUAAUAAACGCUAUACCUAGCUUACCUAGCAGAAGCUUGAACCUGCGCUAGUACGGACCUUUGGACAGGCUUAGUUUUUGCACAUAACCUUGUACAAUCUUACAACAGAGGCCAGCCACGUAAGAUAUAUAUCUGGACUCUCUUGUAUUAUAGAAUUUUUCUUGUUCUGAGUAUCCUUGACAUUACAGCUGUCAGAAGCAAAACUGGUAUUUCAGAUGUCUCUGAAAUCUUUUAAGCUAAAAUCACAUGCAACAAUUGACUUUGCAGCUACUAAUUUUGACACCUUUUAGAUCUGUAUAAAAGUGUGUUGUGUUGAAGCAGCAGGCACAGUUGAGUGCUGCGUUUUGGAUAUUUAGUUUUAUGUUUAGUUGAACACCACCCUGGUGUUUCAUUUAUACCAUCUAAUAUAUGACACACUUGUAGUAUGUAUGAUUUUGUGAGCUUAUUUCCCUUUGUAUUCAUUUUAAGCAUCUAAAUAAAUUGCUGUACUGUGCUUAAUGUAAA